UGUCUGCCGCCGCCGCCAUGUUCGGGCUGUGGCGCACCGUCGCCAGCGCGGUCCUCUACCUCACCCUGGCCGUGGGCCUCGGGGGGCUGCUGGGCAACGGGCUGGUCCUCUGGCACCUGGCCUUCCGCAUCCGGAAGGGCCCCUUCGCCGUCUACGCGCUGCACCUGGCGGCCGCCGACGUCCUGCUCCUGGGCUGCCAGGUGGCCUUCUCGGUGGCGCGGGCCGCCCUGGGCGCGCGGGCCGCCCUGGACUUCCCGGUCACCUUCCUGGCCUUCGCCGCGGGGCUCGGGCUGCUGGCGGCCUUCAGCCUGGAGCUGUGCGUGGCCGAGGUCCUCCCCUCCUGCCACGCGGGCUGCCGGCCGCGCCACACGUCGGGCGCGGUGUGCGGGCUGCUCUGGGCGCUGACGCCGCCCGCCGUGCUGCUGCCCGCCGACGCCUGCGGCCUCCUGCGCCGGGGCGCGCGCCCGGGGGCCUGCGCGGGGCUCCACGCGGCCAGCGUGGCCUGGCUGCUGGCGCUGGUCUGCGCGGCCUGCGGCGCCGGCCUCGUCCUCCUCGUCUGGGCGGCCUGCUGCUCCUCGCGCCCGCGGCCCCGCUUCUUCGGCCCGGUGCUGGGCUCGGCGCUGCUGCUGGCACUCUGCGGGCUGCCCUACGUCCUCUACUGGAGCCUGCGGCCCCUGCUCAGCCUGCUGCCCCCCUUCCUGCCGCUGGCCGGCCUCCUGGCCUGCGUCCCCCCCAGCGCCCGGCCGCUCCUCUACUUCGUGGCCGGCCGCCAGCCCGGGCAGCGCCAGCCUCUGCGGGCCGUUCUGGAGAGGGCGCUGGGGGACGGCGCCCCGCGGGGGCCCGGGGGGCUGGCCCUGCCCAUGGGCACCGUGUAGG